AACAAAAGUGUUAAAAUGCAGGCUAUCAUUCCUUUGUCAGAACGUAAAAAGAUAUACAAGUAUGACGAAAACAAAAACAACUCCAUGGAUGUCAGAGCACUGGGAAUGUGUUUUCUGUCCAUCUACAUUCAGUAAGAAGGAUGAUAGAGAUAAGCAUUUAGCUAUGUGUGCAGGUGCAAGGCUAUUUUGCAAAUAUGAUGGUUGUUUCUACAACACUGAUAAAGGGAAAAAUCUCCAAAGACACGUAAGAAACAAACAUGUUGAUACAAAACUGGAAGGAUACAAAAGUAAAGAGUUGGUGGACACUUCUGAUAGUACCGAGUCGGAAGAAUGGGAAAGACAGGACCCUGGUGAAGUUAUUAAAACAAAUUCGGGAACAGAGUCAGAAGAAAGUGAAUUAAAAGGGACUGACAAAGAUGACAACAAAGUAACUCCAGUUAGUGAGAAAAAUAUUUCUGAUGAUUUAAUAAAAGUAACAGUAGACAAAGAGAAUGAAACCACCAGGAAAGUUGUUUGUCGUAAUGAUGACCCUAUAGCUGUUUCAGCAGUGCAAGUAGGUAGAACCAUACGGCAGAAGACCUCGCCAAGGCUCCUGGAAAACGUUCCGAGGCAGAGAAGAGACAUAUUCAACCCAAUUCUACGAAAGGUUCCAAUGACACAGUUGACAUUACAAGUUCGGUUCAGGAAAGAAGAGAAGACUCUUGUGCUGAUCAGAUUGUAUCUUUGAAGAACAAUAACAUUGUGCAAGAUAUUGGUACUCAACACACGACACUUUGUCAUACCUGCUCAAAGAGGAAGCUUUCAGUUUCUUGUGGUGUACAGACAGAUCCUAUAUUUUACACCAAGACUCUUAAAACUGAGACAAGUUACCGUGAAGGUUCAAAAAGGAUAAAGAUUACCGAGUUGAAGGAAUCCAUUUAGAUUUUAUGUUGUUGUAUUAAAGUAGUAGUGUAGAACGUUUAUAUCUUGUUAGUUUUAUUUUGGACAUGCGGGACGCAUGUGUUUUUGA